CCCAAACCACAAAAACAAAGCAAGAUAAUGCAGGAGCCCGGUGGGGGAUCGUCGUCCUCUUCGGGGCGAAGCAAGCUCGAGCGUAAGAAGGCUCGCCUUAAUCGGCGGAAGAUCGCGGCCGAAGCGGAGCGCGAUGCGUUGGCUCGAGAGCAGGAGGCUACGCGUGUGGCGGCCAUCAGUCGCAGUCGUCUGCGUCGUCUGCCGCCGUGGCUGCCCACUUUGCCGUCCACCAACUCGGAAGAUGCCGCUGUGCUGCGAGAUCUCAACGACGCUACGCGACCCGUAGCCCUCCGUGUUGGCCAGGAGAUGAUGCGCUAUUGCGUCUACACGCAGCGCGUGGUAGAUGAAGCUCGGCAACAUAUCGAUGCUGCCAUUGCGCAUAUCACCGAAAGUGUGCGCAAGAUCUGGCCGCACGCUUCAGUCACGUGCUUUGGCUCAUAUUCCACGGGUCUGUGGCUGCCGUCCAGUGACGUUGAUGUAGUGGUUAUGGGGUUAUCCAACUCCGAAGACCGAGACGUUCCUACUCAAUUCAUCCCGGAUGGAGUUAAAGAGCUCGAGCAAUUGGCAAGACAACUGCGACCGCAAAAGAGCUGGGUACAACGCGUGGAUGUCGUGAGGGGCGCCAAAGUCCCUGUGGCUAAGGUGAUUUUACGCCGUGGUAGUCAGAAGGAGGGAGAGAACUCGGCGCUACUUAGAGUGGAUGUCUCGAUCGAGAACGUACAGACUAGUCACGGAAUGGAGGCCAGCAAGCUCGUGCGUGAAUAUGUGAGUGAUCUGCCGAGAUUGAAGCCUUUAUUGAUGGUACUGAGGCAGUUCUUAAGGGAAAAGGCACUAAAUAGUGCGUUUACCGGAGGAUUGAGCUCGUACGCAGUCACGCUACUAGCGGUGUUCAUGAUGGAAAUGCAGAGACAUCAAGAGGACGAUAGCGACGAUGCAGACGAAACACCAAAAGAUGAGGAGGCGAGAAAACUUGGACAGCUGCUGCUGGACUUCUUGGAGUACUACGGCACGUUGUUCGACUACUACACCACCGGACUGUCGCUCAAGCCGGAGGCUUUUGGCGCAUACCCUCUAGCAGCUCACUUGUCAAUCGCAAAUGGUUUACCUCUCAUGCCUCAGCUUGUAAUUGACGAUCCAGUGUACAAGAACGGACAGCAUAACGCUGCAGCAGGAGCGUUUGCUCUCGCACGAGUGGUGGCAGCGCUUGAAAAUGGCUACUUUGCCUUAUGGUACCAUCGCCCUACCCAGUUCACACCCACGCCGUUGUGUCAAUUGUUGCACUGGUCGGGCCACCAGGCACGGGAUGUAAGUACAGCCAAGCAGUAAGUUACGGGCUCGUUAGAGUUUACAGCAUUCUUGCACCCUCUAAUCAAAGAAAUAGAGAUCAGAGAUAGAAAUGCUGUUUCUAA